CAAUUUUUCCGUGCAGGAAUGUUCUUUAUUCCGAAGCUCGACCGGACGACCGCGAGUUCCGAUAACCCACUGCACACAGCAGACUGACCCAAAUUUACGCAACGCAGCGGCAGCUACGCUCCGUGCAACAGGACCGCGUACCAGAAGUCGAAUCUCGGACGAUCGUGUUUCGAUUCCCCGAUAUCAAAUCGCACGCAUCAAAGGCACGUCGUCGUCGUCGACGUCGGUUUUCCAUUUCAUUUCCCAGCUGCUCGCCGAGGCUGCUUCCGCGACGGUUUCUACUGUGCAUCGUUUCCGUAAGGGCGAUCCGCCCCAAAAAGGGAAAGGGUAGCUUUGUGAAAGGAAAAACAAACGACAAAGGUGCUUUACUGCUGGUGUAGGUGGUGCAACUGCACUUUUCCGCGCCCGGACGUAUCCACCUUCUGCAGAAGAAAGGAAGAGUAAACUCCGAUCGACCGAACGAAGCCUAACCGAUGAUUACGCCGUCGCUCGGUCGGGGAAGGUGAUCGGCACAAAGCGCUGGAAGCAUUACUGGACAUCGAACGCGAAUGGUGGUGGAUGUAUAAAAAGUCCGCCCGCCAUUGAGGAGUAGUUCAUUUCUUUGCUAUCUUUGCUUCGAUUCAGUUCAGUCUUUUUGUGUAAUUUAUCAAUCGUACGAAAACAUGAGCCCAUUAAUGUUUUGUGCAUCGAUAGCGAUGGUUCUCCUUCUUCUUCAGAGUCAAGCCGACGCAAAGUACGCCUAUCACGAUCAAGACGAGCAAGGUCUGCUGGACGAACGUUAUCUCGAGGCGCUGGAAGGGUUAAAAGAGGCCCACGCCGGAACACAAUACCAUUCGAGCGUGUCGGAAAAAUCGAAAACUAUUCCCGUGCCCGUAUUCCAGAAGGUUGGCGUCCCGGUCCCCCAUCCAGUCCCGAUAGCCGUCCCCCACUACGUCAAGGUGUACAUCCCACAGCCCUAUCCGCUUCAAGUAAACGUAGAACAACCGAUCAAGAUACCGAUUUACAAGGUGAUCCCGAAGAUAAUCGAAAAGCCCGUCCCGUACACGGUCGAAAAGCCGUACCCGAUCGAGGUGGAGAAACCGUUCCCGGUGGAGGUGUUGAAGAAAAUUGAAGUUCCUGUACCGAAACCGUUCCCGGUCCCGGUAACCGUGUACAAGCAUAUUAUGCAGAACGAGAAAACUCACCGUAACUGGCAUUUUUAGUUGUGAGGUUGGUUUUUAUUGCGCAACGACAAUUAUGCGUUAUUGGUUCACCGGCUGGACCAUUUCAAGAAAGUAUGAGCAACAUUUGCUUAAUGCACAACACGUAUUUAUGAUUGAAGAGCAUCAAUAAAGUUAUUUUUUGUGUUUACAUCGCGCCUCGCCGAUCAGUAUAACCGUCAAGUUGAAUCUCCGAAGAAUUUCCGAAAGCGUUUCAGCGUGUUCGAAAACGCUUCGCUUCUUUUUCUUAUUUUAAUAUCUAUCUUGAAACGUUCUUAUCAUGACCUUUGAUUAAACUCAAUAAGAAAAAGGUGUUAUGAAUUGUGAUCGUAAUAUUAACAAUGA